AUGGAUUAUUCAAUGUAUUCUGCUGAUUCAUUACCAUCUCUACCUUUACCACCAAAUACAUUCACCUCUACUUCUACUUUAAACAGAUAUCCACAUCAUCAUCAAAAUUAUAAUCAUUAUCAAUAUAAUCAAUAUAAUCAAAGUAGUCAGCAACAAAAACAAAAUAUCAAUCAUGUGAUCUUCUCUUCAACCACUACAAAUAAUAACAAUAAUAAAAUAUCAAAAAAAUCUUCUAAUCUUUCAAAGAUAUUAAGUAAUGAUGAUGACGAUUAUGGUAAAGAUAGGCGACAACCGUUUCACAAGAUCAACACCAAAAGGUUUAAAUGUGAUGAAGAUUUUGAAAGAAUUGAUGAUGAUGAUGUUCUUAGAGAUACUAAUGGUAAUCCAUGUUGUCAGGAUAGUGGAGUCACAUACAUGUCAUCGAUAGAUAUUAAUAAUAAUAACAACAGUACGGAAAGCUCACCAUCAAAAAGUUCUCCGAUUACGUUAAACGAUAGUAGUAAUGACGACACUCAAAAUAACAACACCUUUAGUGAACAAUUACCUCAACAACAAAUCUUACGUCAAAAUAAAGGUUUGAGACAUUUUAGUAAACAAGUAUGUGAUAAAGUAGAAUUGAAAGGUGUUACCACUUAUAACGAGGUUGCUGAUGAACUUGCAGAAGAUUUUGCUGCUCAAAUGCAAGAUAUUGUAGAUCAAAAGAAUAUAAGACGUCGUGUAUAUGAUGCAUUAAACGUAUUAAUGGCAAUGGACAUUAUAGCUAAAGAUAAAAAAGAAAUUAGACAAAAAUUUGAACUUCAAGAGUUGGAGCGACAAAAUCGAAAUUUAAGCAAGCAGGUUAAUGAUGCCAAAAUUGCUUUUCAAAACAAAAUUGCUCAACACCUUCACAUCUGUAAUCUUGUGAAGAGAAAUAAGUUAAACAGUUAUCAAUAUCAAUCCAAUAACGGUAAAUCAAAAAUAUAUUUUCCAUUCAAGCUUAUACGUUGUCCGCAAGGAACACAAAUUGAUAUUCAGAGUGGACAGGAUGGGUUUCUUACAUUUUAUCCAAAUAAACCAACAAUACUUAAUGAUGUUGACAUCCUACAAUGUAUUGGAAUGGAUAAAAUUUCUCACGAUGAUAUGCAGAGUUGGAUUAAUCCUGAACAUUUAAAAUGGGUCAUCGCAAAACAAGCUGUCGAUGGUGAUUAUCAAUCUAUAUUUACUAUAACGAUAGAAAGGUAG